GGCGGCUGCGUCUCCCAGAGGAGUCAGGAGCCAAGAUGAUCACCUCAUCUUCUUGAGACUCCACGCUUCCCGCUAAAAUUCGCAAGACCAGUCCCUGUGAAAGGCGGCUGCUGGACAUAGGUGUAGGAUUUACGCCUGGUCUUAGUGAAAAGAACGCUAGGCCCAGUUGGUGCAACCGGCGUAACGUUUAGGUUGGACUUAGAACGCCAAGUUACGACGAGGCGUAGUUAAGACCAGGCUUACGCCCAGUUGGCGCAACCCAGCCCAGGGUCCAAUAAAUGUCUCAUGGGUUGAGGAACCGCAGAAUCAGGACAGGAAGGUAGUGGUGUAGGCUGGAGGUUAGCAUGCGGGAGUGUAGCAGGCUUGAAGCUAGUAUGCUGGGGGCAAGCAGGCAGUGAAUCAGAUUGGGUAACUGGGUUGCUGAGGAAGUCCUUUGCCGACCUAGGCAACAUGUUCUUGAGCCAAAUGGACACUUCCCGUGAGACAUCCUGACAGCUGGAUCACUGGCUCCACCAUGAGGUGCCCUCUUCAAAAAAAAAUUAGAUGCAAUGAAGAGUGCAAGAUCACAUAGUUCAUCGUCCAUCAAACAAACUGCUGGAUCAAUGAUUCUGGUCGAUUCGUUCCGUCAGGGUCAGGUGCUGAAGGGGCAGCAGGAGGGGUAGAUCCAAAAUGGAGAAAACAAAAAAAUGCCUUCAAUAAAGUAACUCAACAUCUCUGUUCCAUGAACAGGACAUGACAACCAACUGACAGGAGAACAAAGGAAGUGAACAUGAAUAUAUGGGGAGAGACUGAUCGGGGAAUGAGGUGCAGUUUGGAAGAUUAUCAAGGAUGCACAGGUAAGGGGAAUAAAGUGAUUGGGAAAGUCUAAGGACAUCUGACAGUGGAAGGACGAACAAUAAACAACAGAAAGACCCCCCUCCUUCUCAACCUUAUUGUUUGACCCCUUCAAAAUAAGAUGUUCAUUCAUGCCAGAUAUAAAUAAAAGUAAUUUCUCUAUGGUUGUGAGAUCAAAUAUUUCUUUGUACUCUGAUCUUUGUUUUUUGUAUACAGUUUUUUCAAUACAACUUAAAGGUGUGUGCUCGGGUGCAAUCAUAGAGAAUGAUCAAAGAUGUAUAAAGAUGACAGAAAUAUACACGAUUCAGUGACAGGCAUUAAAGCAGUCAACAAAACAUGUGCGUGCGUAAGUGUGUGUGUGUGUGUGUGUGUGUGUGUGUGUGUGUGUGUGUGUGUGUGUGUGUGUGUGUGUGUGUGUGUGUGUGUGUGUGUGUGUGUGUGUGUGUGUGUGUGUGUGUGUGUGUGUGUGUGCGUGUGUGUGUGCGUGUGUGUGUGUUUGACGGUAACAAGAAAAGUCAUGAUACGGAAGGGUGUGAGCUCUAAGUGGUUUCCUCUAGCAGCUCGGCUGAUCACAAGCAGAAGCAAGUGAAAUAGUGCGAAGGGCGUUCCUACUGGGUUUUGUGGUGGGGAACUAGUAGCUCGUGGUUGUGUUUGCAUUGUCGUUCUAACUGAUGCUUCCUAGUAUGUUUGCAUCGAGGGUGUAAUGAAAGUUUAGUUUGGAUCUCUGGGUACAGUGGUUGAAAUGUCAUCAGCAACAUGUGCUAAUUUAUUCUUGAGAAAUCUUUGGGGAACUUUGUUUCUUUCUACUUGUCUGCUUCCGCGACUUCUGAAGAAAGCAUCCAUUCCGAGGUCAGAGGGCUUCCAUUAAGAAUAAACGCGUAUCCAUGCUUGACCGACACACGUUAUGGUCAGAAGAUCAACCACCAGUGGCUUGGGAGACCAACACAUAACUAUCUGCAGAAGAUGUAAAAAUGCCAGUCCGCACACUCCCUUCAUCCUUCCUCAUGCUCCUUGCCAUCUGGGGUGUCCUGGUUCCAUCCCUCAGUCACCCUCAGCCAAAUCCGUGUCGAAUGAUCCAAAGAAUGGCACUGUGCAACAAUGGCAGACUAUCAUACGUCCCUGUCGGCCCGCCGUGCAACACAGAAGAGCUUCAGCUUAACCACAAUCAUAUUCAGACACUACUCAACAGUUCUCUUCUCCACUACUCCUCCUUACAUACGUUAAGCUUAGCAGGGAAUCACCUGGAGAAGAUGGAAGCCAAUGCAUUUGGAGGCUUACACCGCUUACAGAUCCUUAAUCUAGCAGAGAACGAGCUUCACGUCGGGUACCAAGACACUAGCCAUGCACUACUCCAGCUGCCGCAGCUACGAGUUCUGGAUCUGUCCCAGAACGGGCUCGAGGACGACAUGGUCUUCCACCUCCUCCAGAACCUGACCUCAUUGCAAUACCUGAAUCUCUCACGGAACCUUAUGCAGCGAUUGGAUGAAAGCUCGUUUGAGGGCCUGCACCAGUUAAGAGAACUUGACCUGCAUAGCAACAUGUUGUUUGAGAUAGAUGGGGCCUUUUCUGGCAAUCCGAAGCUCCAGAGGCUCAACCUUGCUUUCAACUACCUACCCUGCCUGGUCGACUUCCACAUGACCCAGCUGGUAGUCCUAAAUGCCAGCCACAAUUUCAUUGAGUGGUUUGUCGCCCAACAAGAGCUCAAAGAAACCUUCCACUUGGAGACCCUUGACCUCACAGACAAUAAGCUGCUUUUCUUCCCUUUCUUGCCGAGCCAGAGUCGCCUUCGUAACCUCUACUUGUCCCAAAACACUGUCCGCUUUUAUGGGGGCCUGGUGGAUGAUGCCACUGGUGAAAACUGGACUACAAGCAUCCAGUUCUACAACCUGAAUGGUAAUGCAAGUAAUGUGACGGCUCAGCUAUGGGACGACAGUCUCCAUGGUGACGUCUCCUCUGUGGAAAUCCUGGACCUGAGAAACAACCAAGUGGAGCACCUUCCCCAAGGCUUCAUCAGCCAAAUGCAAUCUCUCACUAGGCUUCAGAUGCAAACAAACUGCCUGAAGACCUUGAACCUGACAUCAGAGGGGUUCUCUGGCAGCCUGUAUGAGCUGGAUGUCAGCAACAACAGGCUAAGCGAGGUCAUGGCUGAGAAGGGCACACUGGCAGCUCUUGGAAAUCUGACCUACCUUAACAUGAGCCUCAAUUCCCUUAGGUGGCUUCCCUCUGGAUUAUUUUCCUCAGUAGAAAGCCUGAGGUCGGUGGAUCUAAGCUACAAUAGUAUGGGCAUUUGUCCGUCGGAGACAAGAGGCGAGGAUGAGGGCAGUCCCUCUGAUUGCGUAGUAUGGAGAAACAUGGCCUCUUUAAGACAACUGUACCUUAGAGGAUGCGGCAUCCAAGGGAUGCCACCCUCUUUGUUCGCUGGGAUGCGCCUCACGCACCUGGAUUUGUCGGACAACCCGGGGCUCCGUGUGGAGACCGGGGCUCUCAGGGCCCUCACUGGGACGCUGCAGCACAUGGGCUUGGGGAAAACAGACAUGAAAUCUGUGGACUUUUCCCCCUUUCACAGCCUGAGGUAUUUAAAUAUCUCAAGAAACUCCCUCACACAACUUCCUAUGUCACUUUUAAAUCUGGACCUUCGGAUGCUGGAUGCAAGUGAAAAUAACUUAUCCACCAUUUCUCCAGGUGACGCUGCACUAUUGGCACCCAAACUCAGGACAGUUUUCCUGGCCGGAAACCCGUUUAACUGCUGCCAAAUGGAAUGGUACAGGGUGUUUGAAACUACUUUUACGGUCAAUAUGGUGGACAAGACAGAAAUAUUAUGUCAGGAUGAGGCGAAGAUAACAUACAGAGCAGGAGUCCUGUCCAUCUUGUGUGGGGACUCAAGCAGGGAGUCUGUUUUCUGGUAUCUUCUGCUUGUUCUCUCUGGCUUUCUGCUUUUUGUUGGCAUUCCGACUGUUUGCCUCCUGACCUUUAGGCCCCUUAUGUUACAGAAAACUGUUAAAAAGAAAAGUGUGAAGCCUACAUCUUACUGACAACACUCUUUGAACUACAAAGUAAGCAUUUGUCAGACCUAAGAAAGGGUUGUGGUUUAGAUAAACAAUAAAAGGUGCAAUGGGCCUUCUCAGAAAUAUGUGUUGUAGCCUUAAGGCUGUUCAAAACAAAUUUGUAUUUUGGUUUGCGUGUGUGUCCAUAUGCAGAAGUAGUAUGAUGCAAGCAUGUAUAAAGGCAGCAGAGGAAACAAGAAAUUUCCUGUUUUGCUGAGAUCGGCAGCAACUGCCCAGUGUUUCUCGGCGAGGGAGGGGUCUGUGGUUUCCUCUCUAACCCGUGAGACACAGAUGCAACUCAAAUUCACCCUGUUCUUGAAAUUCCAUGUGUGCAUGCUGGUGUGGAGCGCCUCUUUCGAGUCCAUGCAGCCACACACACACACACACACACACACACACACACACACACACACACACACACACACACACACACACAUGCAGACACACACACUUCAACAGCAGCCUUCUGAUUGGCCACCAAAUCCAAAUCGAACUGACAAAACUAGUUUUGGUUUGUAAGUGAUGUGAUGUUGUGGGCCUCUUGAUAUGAGGGAAUGGUUUAUAGGUAUUUGUAGGUGCUAAAUGGUGGAUUCCUGUGCGAGCAUGUGUAGCAAUUCUAACCAUAAGGUAACCAGUAGACCGCUGUGGUGUAGUGCAAUGGGUCACAGUGGUUGGAACAGAGAAACCUACCAACCCAAACUGACAAGGUUGGUUGAGCAUUAACCUAGGAUCCUAUGAAUUAUGAUUAUUAUGAUUUGUUAUGGAUUAUUUAAGUACAUUAUUAGAACAUAACAAGGCAAUGUGACUAUCAUUUUAGUAAUUUGAACAAUACAGAACACAACUCAAGAGUCACUCAGAGCUAAACAUGUGACACAAAACAUUCAUCUGUACUAUGUCUCUGUUCUCUGUGAAACAAGUGACAGAGGACGGGUGAAAAAGGAAGUGUGCACAUACACACACACAAACUAGUAGAGCUUUUCCCAGAUAAGAAUGAAUUGUAAUAGUGGAUGAGAUGAUAAUUAUGUUAUACAGAUAGUAAAAACCUUAAAUAUCUAUGCCUUGGAACAAAGAUUUCACAAAUUAAGCAAAUACUAUGUCUACAUUUUAUAAACGAUGUAGGAAAAAAAUAUGAGAAAGAAUGAAUAAAGAAAUGUGUUGGAAGACA